AUGUGAAAUUUUCAAAUAAAAAGAAUUAAAGAACAAUUAAAAGUUUACACAUUUAUUCAAUGAACAAAUUGACAGAUAAUUUACUGGUCCGUAGUAUUGCAUCAUGUCUAGAAAAAUAGAUAGGGGUUAGGUUUCGUUUUCAUUUCUCGGAAACGCGGGUAUUUCUGAAAACCGCUUUGACUUUGUUUUGUAAACAAUGAGCUCAGCUAUUCGGUAGUUCUAUAAAACUGAAUUCGGUUAACAUGCAAAGAGUUUCAUCAUAUGUUCACUAUAUUGUGUGGUUUGAGUCAGAUCUUUCUGCAGGAGAGGUCAUUACUGCCCGUGAAGGACUGCAAAAUUUAGGCCUAUGCUCGGCGCUUACGGCCUUUGAGCAGGGAGGGAGCUUUAUCGUGCCACACCUGCCGUGACACGAGACCUCGGGUUUUGCGAUCUCAUCCGAAAGACCGCCCCAUAUAGUCGCCUCUGGCGACAAGCAAGGGGAAGUGAGGACUUAUUCUAACCCGGAUCCCAUAUAGUUUUGCGCUCUAUAUUUAAAAAUAAUUCAUGUUUACUCUAAAAGUACUUUGGACCUAAACUCUAGUAUGGAUAUAGCAGAACAGUUUUAUAGUAUAUAAAAACAACUAUCUGUGCUCAUCGCACCCUAUGAGAUCACAACGAAAAAGUACGUCACGACGUACAUCUUACAAUUCAUGUCUAUAUGGUGUCGUUCUAUUGAUAGGUGUUAUCAAGUGAUAAGCCGUAUACGUGAACAAAUUUCUUGUCAAAUAAUAUAUUAUUUCAAUUUCGUAUAAAAUCACUCAACAUUUUUUAUAUUUGCGCGGCGGUCAUAAUUCACAUUGUGACCUUGAAAUCGCCCCUCUAUUUUCUCCCGAUCAUCACUACGUUAUGUAAGAAAAUCUAAUUUACAUAAUGAUUGCGAGCAGAGUGACGAUAUACGGUGUAUGGUGGUGUAUAAAGUGUAUAUAUAUUUAUAUUCCUGUUACCAAAGGAAGAGUUAGGACACACUUCUGACACCUAAAGAAACCCCCCUAUGUCUGGUCUACUCUUGAAAAUGAAGAAAGAGUAUCCUGCAUUAGAUGCAUUUUAAAUUUCCCUUUAUCGGAGCACUUGGUCUCUCUAUAGAUCUGGGUUUUUACUAUAUCAACUAUCUUUUUCUUCUUUUUUUUUUAAAUAUAAGAAGUCUCAUAAUUGUUCAUGAAAAAAGUGAAGAUAAUGAACAAUAUUAUAUAAUGAUUACACAAUUGAGAGUAGGGUAAACACGGAUCCUUGUUAAAGUAAAUAUGAGUGGUGGCAACUGCGGUGCCAGUAGUGGUGUUCAUGAGAAUGUGAGGGGUGGUAUGUGGUACAUAAUUGGUGGUAUAUGGUGUUAAUUAAAAUUUGGGUGGUAGUGUGUGGUGUUAACGAAAUGUGAGCGGUGUUAUGGUGGUGAAACAUGGAAACUAAUAAAACUAAAUCAAUCUCUUUAAUUAAUAUUAUGGAAAGAAAUGCAAAAUUAAGGACCUAUAUAGGUAAUAGUGUGAGUAGUGUUAAAGAAACCCUAAGUCAUGGGAACUGGUGUGCCGAUAGUGGGGAGUAGGUGUUAUUUAGCGUAUAAGUGGUAGUGUGUGGUGUACAAGUGGUGGUAUGUGGUGUUAAUAAAAUGUGGGUGGUAGUAUGGUGGUGACACACGCAGUCUAAUAUCGGUAGAUCAAUCUCUUUCAUUAAUAUUCUGAUGCAAAGAAAUACAUAACUUAGGACCUAAAUGGGUAGUGGUGUGAGUUAUGUUAAAGACGAUGUAAGUGAUGGUAUGUGGUGUGCCAGUAGUGGUGUACAGUUGCCGUGAGUUGGUGGUAUGUGUUGUAUAGGUGGUGGUAUGGGGUGUUUGAAUGGUGGUAUGUGGUGUAUACAUGGUGUAUGAGUGAUGGUAUGUGGUGUAUAGGUGAUGGUAUGUGGUGUUAAUGGAAAUGUGAGUGAUUGUAUGGUGGUGACACAUGCAAACUAAAAACGGUAGAUCAAUCUCUUUCAUUAAUAUUGUUAUGCUAAGAAAUGCAAAACUAUAUAGGUAGUGUUGAGUAAUGUUAAAGAAGAUGUAAGUGAUGGCAUCUGGUGUGCCAGUAGUGGUGUACAGGUGGUGGUAUGGGCUGUAUAGGUGAUGGUAUGUGGUGUUUGAGUGGUGUAUAGGUGGUGGUAAGUGGUGUAUGAGUGGUGGUAUGUGGUGUAUAGGUGGUGGUAUGUGGUGUUAAUGGGAAAUGUGAGUGGUGGUAUGGUGGUGUUAAUGGAAAUAUGCAUGGUAGUAUGAUGGUAAUACAUGCAAACUAAUAACGGUAGAUCUAUCUCUUUCGUUGAUAUUGAUAUGUAAAACUAUCAAUUCUCAGACCUGUAUAGGUAGUGGUGUGAGUAAUGUUAAAGAAGAUGUAAGUGAUGGCAUCUGGUGUGUCAGUAGUGGUGUACAGGUGGUGGUAUGGGUUGUAUAGGUGGUGGUAUGUGGUGUUUGAGUGGUGUAUAGGUGGUGGUAAGUGGUGUAUGAGUGGUGGUGUAUAGGUGGUGGUAUGUGGUGUUAAUGGAAAUGUGAGUGGUGGUAUGGUGGUGUUAAUGGAAAUAUGCAUGGUAGUAUGAUGGUAAUACAUGCAAACUAAUAACGGUAGAUCUAUCUCUUUCGUUGAUAUUGAUAUGUAAAACUAUCAAUUCUCAGACCUGUAUAGGUAGUGGUGUGAGUAAUAUUAAAGAAGAUGUAAGUGAUGGCAUCUGAUGUGCCAGUAGUGGUGUACAGGUGGUGGUAUGUGGUGUAUAGGUGGUGGUAAGUGGUGUAUGAGUGGUGGUAUGUGGUGUAUAGGUGGUGUUAAUGCAAAUGUGAGUGGUAGUAUGGUGGUGUUAAUGGAAAUGUGUGUGUGGUAGUAUGAUGGUGAUACAUGCAAAGUAAUAACGGUAGAUCUAUCUCUUUUGUUGAUAUUGAUAUGUAAAACUAUCAAUUCUCAGACCUGUAUAGGUAGUGGUGUGAUUGGUGUAGAAAAAAAACCCGGUGUUAAAACACAAGUGUUAGCAUCUGAUGUCCCAUUAGCUGUGUGUAAAUGGUGUUUAUGGAAAUGUGAAUGGUGGUACGUGGUGUAUAAGUGGUGGUAUGUGAUGUUCAUGAAAAUAAUGGUUGUGGUAUGUGGUGUUAACGAAAGUGUAGGUAGGGUGUAUGUGUGAUGUUAACGAAAGUGUGGAUGGUAGUAGUUGGCUGGUUAUUUCACGUCUUCCGAGAAAUUUUCACCCUUAUUAUACACCACUUGUGGAUGAAGUCCUAUGCUUGGUGGUUAUUACCCCUAGUAGUGAGGGAUCUUUAGCGUGCAAACACCUACCGCCAUACGGUCUUCCGAAAGACCCGUAAAUGCAGUGCAUCUGGAGGACCAAUCACUACCAAUGUUUACGUCUGAGGUUGGCGAUGGCAUGAGGAGGAAUCGAAUUCAUGAACUUCUGGUUAGGAAGCGAACGCUCUACCAUUGAGCAAUGCAACCGAGAUGCCAUGAUGCGUCACAAAAGACUAAAACACGGGGACAGCGAUCAGGAAGAGGAUAUUGACAUGAGUGAUGUCUCUCCAACACAGAGUGAUACUGACAGUGACGCAGAGGAAGAGAAUAUCGUCUUUCGCCAAAUGGCACAUAAAGCGCGAAAACAUAUUGCCGGGGAGUGGCAGAAGAGAUACGAGAAAUACUUGAACCAAAAUAUGUCAGAAAAGAAAGCUAGUAAGAAAGCAGACGAAAAGACCAAAGGAGAAACUUACCAACAGUUUAGAAAACUGUAUGAGCGGUUCCUUUACGAUCAGUAUCAGUUGCAAGAAGACACAACGCACGAAAAGGUGACGGACGCCAUCGAUGAAUUUGUGUCCGACAAUCAUGGAUUAAAGAAAUCCAUCAAGAUGGCUCUUCGCAAACACAAAUAUCUACUUGAAUCUUACCUAGAUAAGUAUGACAAUGAUGAAGACGAGGAGGAGGAGGAAGACGAGGAGGAGGAGGAGGAGGAAGACUAACCGAUGCGACAUAAUCACACCACUGUAUAACGAGAAACACCGUCUUUAAAAACUGAAUUCAUUCAAAUAUUGACCUGCAUCUACUUGAAGGAAAAAGCUACAUCAAAUGACAUUUUUUCAUCUAAAAUAUGCAAUAAAUAAAAGUUGUAAACCUAC